CACACGUAUUGUGUGUAUUGAAUAAAUAAUUUGACGAAAUCAUUUUUGGAUUUUCUAAAUUUGCAAUAUCCAUUUUUUAUCCAAAAUUCCGUAUAUAAUAAUUUAUUUAUCGAAAUUAUUUAUUUCACCAUCAUCAAAGUUUUAUCAACAUUCAUUUGAACAUCAUCGCUAAAUUUAUUGUUCCAUCUCUGAUAUAUAUCAAAUAAUAAAUAUCCAUAAUCAUCAUGGGAAAAGAUUAUUACGAAAUAUUGGGUAUCUCGAAAAAAGCUACCGAAGAUGAGAUUAAAAAAGCAUAUCGUAUUAUGGCUUUAAAAUAUCAUCCAGAUAAGAAUAAAUCACCUGAAGCUGAAGAAAAAUUCAAAUUGAUCGCCGAAGCGUAUGAAGUAUUAUCCGAUAAAAAGAAACGAGAUAUCUAUGAUCAAUUUGGCGAAGAAGGUCUUUCCGGUAAUAUUCCACCGAACGGUGCCGGUAUGGGUGGUUUUGGUCCUGGUGGUGGAUCGUAUAAAUUCUCAUUUCAUGGCGAUCCAAGACAAACAUUCGCUCAAUUUUUUGGCACUGAUAAUCCAUUUGAAAUGUUUUUCGGUAAUAUGGGCGGUGUUGGUGGUGGUCCUGGAACAGGCGGUAUUCAUAUCGAUCCUCAUCACGGUAUGGAUACAGAUACUUAUAGUUUCACCAGUGGUUUUGGCGGCAAUACCGAUCGCAUUCCAAAGAAAGCGAAAAAACAAGAUCCACCAAUCGAACAUAAUCUAAAUGUUUCAUUGGAAGAAGUAUUGAAAGGAUGUGUGAAGAAAAUGAAAAUCAUACGUAAAGUUCCUGGUGUUGAUGGUACCGUGCUUAAAGAAGAUAAAGUGUUAACCAUUAAUGUUAAACCUGGAUGGAAAGCCGGAACAAAAAUUACUUUCCCUCGUGAAGGUGAUCAAAACCCAGGUACAAUACCAUCGGAUAUUGUUUUCAUCAUACAGGAUAAACCACACAAAACAUUUAAACGUGAAGGUGCAGAUGUAUUAUAUACGGCCAAAGUAUCAUUGAAAGAUGCAUUAACUGGCUGUCGUAUAAUGAUACCGACACUGAGUUCUGAAGAGUUUCCAUUACGUAUGAAUGAUGUGAUCACACCACAUACUAUACGACGGAUUUCCGGACGUGGUUUACCAUAUCCAAAAGAACCAACAAAACGUGGUGAUCUGAUUGUUCGAUUCGAUAUUCAAUUUCCAACAUCAUUAUCUAGCGAUCAAAAACGAGCCAUUGCUGAUUUGUUACCAUAAUAAUAAUAAUGAUUGAUAAUUUAUUAUUUAAAAAAUGAAAAAAAAAAUUAGGCUGCUGUACAGAAUAAUAACGAAUUUUCUAUCCUCUAUAUGUGUGUGUGUGUGUGUUUGUGUAUCUGAUACUUUGUCCUUUCUAUCUUAUUUCCAAUAAUUUCAGUGUUAUCCAUUUUUUUUUCUACCUACUUUUACUGUAAAUAAAUAUAAAUCUUAAUUAUCCAAAA